GUCUUGCCUGAUGGAGCACCUGUAUACAGAGAAGAUGGUGGAGGACUGUGAACGCAGACUACUGGAGCUACAGUACUUCAUCUCUAGAGACUGGAAACUGGACCCCAUCCUGUAUAAGAAGUGCCAGGGUGACGCUGCCCGGCUGUGCCACACCCACGGCUGGAAUGAGACCAGCGAGCUGAUGCCACCUGGGACCGUGUUCUCGUGUCUCUAUCGCCAUGCCUACCGCACCGAGGAGCAGGGACGACGGGUAAGAGAUUCAGGAGUCGCGAAGAUGGACUAGUUCCCAUGGUUCCACAUUACUACUAUGUUGUUGGAGAUGGUGGUGAGGAAGAUGAGGGUGGUGGUUGGUAAUGACAGUGGUAGGUGGUGGUUGGU